AUGGCAUAUGAUUCACUAGCGCAGGAGAGAGAGUUAGCCUUGGCUUUGGCAUUUCCUCGCUCAAUCUCAUAUCAGUCAGUCUACUUGCCCGAAGCUACUGCCUUAGCUGAAGUGUGGAAGGAGACCCUGUCAUUCAGUGAAAAUCUAGUGAGUAAGGUAAGGGGGUACGGAAACGUCCUCUUAUCACAGCUUGAACGGGAUUCAUUUAAGGGAAGAAGACGAAGUCGAUUCAAUCCAACUCCAACCGCUCCAAAUCAUCCUGGAAAGAUAUUGAGUCAAUCUAGCAGGGCUAAGGAAAGGCACAAGCCCCAGUCAGCUCCGUCGGAGGUCAAUCUAGCAGGGGAAGGUCAUAUGACCCUUGGGUCCAGUCGUAUCGGUAUACGCUAUCCGAUCCAUCUAUUGGCAAAUGAUUCCUCCAAGUCGCUUGUCAAAGAGCUUGUUCGCGUUCAUGGCGGUUAA